GCUCGAGCGCCAGACCCGGCGAUCCCUGCAUCCUUCCCGCUCGCUGCUCCAGGUGGCCCUGAGGGCGCACAGGCCAGGGGAGCCCCCAGCAAAGGAGGCGGAGGGAGAGCAGGUCUUCGGGUCCCAGUGUCGCGGCGGCGCACUCGCGGCGAGAAUCGGGAGGAGGAGCAGACAGCAAGGAUAGGCCCAGGAGCAAUGGCGUCCAAAGAGGAACAAGCAGUAAAAAAUCUCAACAUGGAAAAUGGCCAACGGGAAAAUGAAAAAACGGAUGAAAAGGAGCAAGAUGCUACUAAAGGAGAGCCCUUGGCCCUCCCUUUGGAAGCUGAUGAAUAUUGUGUGCCUAGAGGAAAUCGUCGACGGUUCCGUGCUAGGCAGCCCAUCCUGCAGUAUAGGUGGGAUGGGGGUCAGAGGCUUGGAGAGCCACAGGCGAGGAUGAGACAAGAGAAUAUGGAAAGGAUUGGGGAGGAGAUGAGACAGCUGAUGGAAAAGCUGAGGGGAAAGCAGUUAAGUCAUAGUCUGCGGGCAGUUAGCACUGACCCCCCUCACCAUGACCAUCAUGAUGAGUUUUGCCUUAUGCCUUGAAUCCUGAUGUUUUUUCUGAAGUUAAUGGGGAGACACACCUUCCUAAAUCGUUUGUGAUGUACCUUGUUGUAAAUCUUUUGGUGUUACUUGUUUCCUGUGGGUCUCCUAUUACCAGCUUCUAAUUGAAUGUUGUGUUUUGACCCAAUUUGUAAGUUUCUGUCAGCAGGGGAGUUUUACCUAUUGCAUGGAAAGAUACUCAUUACAUAUUGUGAAGUUAAUAAAGCAGUUUAAAAAAAUCA